AUGGAUCUCUCACGGCAGGAGUAUCCAGCUUUGCUGGCCUCUUUGCAGCCAGGCCAAGCUACCAGUGUUCUCAACGACCGCAUUCGCCUCAUCAACAAGAUCAAUGCCGACAUCGCGGAUUGGUUACAGUCCGGCGACGUGAGUUGGAGCGAGCUAAUUCUGAUUCGCGCAACAGGAGCGACGCCGCGUCGAAGAAGCAUACGCCCAAGGGUUACGGAAACUUGCGACGCGGCAGCAACUGGACAAUGGAGCGGCACUAGGAUACCAUGGCAACGCAUCGUCAAUGCCACAGAAAUGGUGGCCUCGUCGCACGAAACCUUCGCACAGAAAAUCGAGGAAGAUGUGGAACGCCCUCUCAGGGAUUACCACACCAAGAACCGCGAAUUGGCAUCUUUGCCUGGAGUUCAGAGCGACCUUGCAACUCUUGCGAAGAAUUUGGAAGCGUCGCUCAAAAAGGUGGAGAAAGCCAGAGAGAAAGGCCCGAAGGGUGCGGAUAAGCUGGCUGGUGCGGUUGCUGCUUCUGAAGGAGUUAGGCAGGAAUGGGAGUCAAGGGCACCUUUCGCUUUUGAGCAGCUCCAAGCAGCAGACGAGAGUCGGCUCAACCAUCUGCGGGAUGCUCUCACCCAGCUGGAAACUCAUGAGUCGGAUCAGGUUGAGCGUUGCCGUCAAGCGGCAGAAACAUGUUUAAAUGUGCUUCUCAACGUGGAGACCGCAGACGAAAUCAAAACAUUUGCCGAAAAGGUCAAUGGGGGAAGGCCGGUUGUAUUGAGGCAACAGGUCUCUCCUACCCCUGCAGCAGCACCUUCUGGACCACCGCCACGCCUUCAUGAUGACACUGCCAGUCAACGCUCAGAGACCUCUGGUCCCGUCAGGACGCCCCCAGCACCUGAGCCCCAACCCCGCCAUACCACACCCCUUGGCGGACUCAAGCGAUUAGGUACCGUCAUGAAUAGAAGGAAGAGCAUUAUACAGCCCUCCGGAGGGGCUGCGUUCUUUUCGGAUAAGAAACACCGCAGCCCUUUCGCGUCUUUCAAGCGGGGUGACUCUCGUGAAAUGCAAAUCCCCGAGUCACUACCGGAUGAGGAACGCCCGGGUACUGCGUUGACUACUCAGGAAAACCACAAUGAAGUUACACGUAUCACCAGCGAAACCAAUGACCACGAAGGCCACGGUCCGAUGACCUCUAUCCCGUCUACUCAGCCAGCACCAACAACUGCGAACGGGACAACAUCCCCAGAGCCCCCUGCCGAGACAAGUUUCGCUGCCAGUGACUCAAAUCAGAUGUAUUGCAGACCGUUAAUCUCACGUAGCAGCCACGGGUCGACUCCGAAGGAUUCUCGGAACCACCUCAGACUAUUGAUGAGAUCACUCGCGCUCAGAGAGAAGCAGCUGGUAUGGAGGAGGCUGGCAUCAAUCUAA